AUGUCAUCAUCCAACGUCAAGUUCCAGCUAUUCACGUACUUCCGGUCUUCCUGUGCCGGCCGCCUACGCAUAGCGCUCAACCUGAAAUCCACGCCUUACGAGGCGGUCUUCGUGAACCUGUUCAAGGGAGAGCAGCUAUCUGAUGCCCACAAGGAGCUUAACCCCAAUGCCACCGUGCCUGUCCUUAUAUCCACAAACCAGGACAAUGGCAAGAGUACAACGUUCAAAGUCACCCAGUCACUCGCGGCGUUAGAGUACCUGGAGGAAACCCUUCCGAACACUCGUCCUCUCCUGCCGCCGACAUCUAACUCCACGGCUCGCGCACAAGUACGUGAGCUGGCACUGUUGAUUGCAACGGACAUUCAGCCUGUGACGAACUUGCGGACUCAGAAGAAAGUGAAGCUGCUCGAUGCGGAUGCGACAAAAUGGGCGCUAGAGUUUUCCGUGGCCGGAUUCACGGCAUUUGAGAAGACCGUCGUUCAUUCCGCUGGAAAGUUCUGUGUGGGAGACGAGAUUACGCUUGCGGAUGUAUGUUUGGUACCUGCUGUGUGGUCGGCAGAACGAGUGGGUUUGAAACUUGCCGAUUAUCCGACUACGAAGAAGAUCUAUGAUAGGAUGCUGGAGGAGACAGCCGUCAAGGAGGCGUUUUGGCAGAAUCAGCCUGACACACCUGAGGAAUUGAGAUUGAAAUAG